AUGGCGACGAAUCCAUUUGAUCAGUUGUUGCUCAUAAUCACAAGCUUUACAUGUCUGAUAUCUGGUCUGUCCACAAGGUUUUCUACAAAUGCGGCCGGUAUGAAUGCAGAAGUCAACGCUGACUUGCCUCCAUGUUCAUUUAACUAUGUCGCAAAUUUGUUCGAGACCAGCUGCGACACCUCGAAUGGCUGUUUUGGCUGGUGUACCGACUUCGCGGCUCUUGACAAGAUACGGAGAACGCUAUUCAACAUUUGCGACUGCGAAGAUCUUGACAAGCUACACCAUGCAGCAGUUGAGAUGUGCCAGAACCCAUCGCUACCUGGCUUUACAAGUCUUAUGUCUGGAACCGAGAAAGUAUGUACAAGCUCUGUCUCUAGUUUGGCUGUGGGUCCCAACACGGAAGUAUCGCCACUUCCAAUAGUGACAACAGCCAACUUGGGGAGUGGGAGAGUGUCUACGCCUACGAAUUGGAGAACCUCUGUACCGAAACAGGAGGCCAUGUCGACCACGGUAUCAAGCAUAUCAGCAUUGCUGACAGGCAGCGAUGCUCCGAUAGACGUCUCUCCAGGGAUGGGUGCAGCAUCGGUGUUGAUAUCAGUCUCUCAAUUUUCAAGAAGUUGGAGAGCUUUCUUUAGUAUCAUCGCAGUAGAAGUCGUGUUCUGGGAACUCUGA